AAUCAGAUCGCCUUUUAGAACGCCGACUUCCGGGUAGGCGUGUCUCUGACCGGAUAGGAAGAGAGGAGGUCAAAUGAUCUGCAAAGGAUGCGAAACGUGUGCAACACUGCAAGUUAUUAUCCUCUUUCGAAGUUAUUAACGGUGGAUUUAAGCCUCUUAUAUCGCACGUAGUGGUACGAUUAAUUUUAAAACAAGCUCAAUUCGUUCAGUUGUGCAAGUGUCUCGCUAACGUUAGCCGAUGCUAAAUGUCGCGUGUUCGCCUAGCGAUAAUGUAAGCGAGAUUUGCGAGCGCAAGUCUGCCUCAUGAACUUUUGAUGUAAAAAAACCUACGUCGCUCCGUCUGCUAUCAUAGUUUUGGAGGAGUCCAACAUUCUGUUGGGAGGGUUUUUGUUGGGGUCAUAGCGAGCCGUCAUGUUUCACUCAGUCCCGCGUCGUGUCAGCACCGAGGUGGGUGUGAGGUCACUCCGGCGGGCUGUGCGGGAGGACGGCGCCCGAGGCUCUGGGUCGUGGCUGGGAGAGGCCGCUGGCCUGCUCCUGUCCACUCUCCACAGGGUGGGCGUCCUCGAGACCUCCACCAGAUCGAAGCAGAGGAGCAAGGGCUUGCUGUCCAUAUUCGCCGACCAUUGCGGCUUUGUCACCGGCCAGAGGCUUCGGCGUGCUUGUCGGAUCGCCGAGCUAUACUCCAAUCUGUACUCGGAGAAGACCCGCUGGACCCUGGCGGGCAAUUUAUGGCGCAGGUUUCAGAGCAAGCAUUCGUCCCCGGGCAAGCUGAUCGCGGCCCUUGCAGGGGUCUUCAUGUGGGACAAAGAGAAGAUUCAAGAUGAGGAAAUGCACAGAUGCGGGCUGGAGCUGCAGGCCCUUGAGACCGUCAAGAGCCUCAACGGACUCGCAGGCCCAGCGAGCGGUCACGCCGAGCCCGGCUGGGAAGUUGUGAUGGAGAAGAAGGACUUCCGAGUGUGGAAACGGCCCAUCCCCGACAGCCACCUCUACGAGUACAGAGUGUUGGGCUCAUACACAGAUGUCACACCGAGGCAGUUCUUCAAUGUGCAGUUGGAUACAGAGUACAGGAAGAAGUGGGACGGUCUGGUGAUCAAACUGGAGGUGGUGGACCGAGACGUCAACACGGGCUCCGAAGUCCUGCACUGGGCAACGCACUUUCCUUACCCGAUGUACUCCAGGGACUACGUAUAUGUUCGACGCUAUGAGGUCAACUUGGAAAACAACCUGAUGAUUCUCGUGUCCAGAGCCGUGCAGCAUCCUCGAGUUCCCGAGUCUCAGGAUUUUGUGCGAGUCCACUCCUAUCAAUCCAAGAUGGUCAUCCGUCCGCACAAGUCCUUCGAUGAGAACGGAUUUGACUACCUGCUGACGUACAGCGACGACCCUCAGACAGCCUUCCCUCGUUACUGCGUGAGCUGGAUGGUGUCAAGUGGCAUGCCUGACUUCCUGGAGAAGCUUCACACGGCCGCAUUGAAGGCCAAGAACUUAGAGGUGGGCAUUCAGGACUACGCUGGCGUCAUCAAGUCCAACGACAAUGUGGGCCGCCAGCAGAACCCGGAGCGCCACUCCGCCGAGAAGAAACACACCGGCGGUCCCGGCCAGAUGUUCGCCUGACGUGGCACAAGGAUGCAGACGGCUUUUCACAGAUGAAACCCUCCAAAACCCGUCUUUGUGGGUACCAUGUGUGUGGAAGAAAUAUAUUAAUAUUUGUAGGUUUUUUUUUUUUUUUUUUUUUUUGUAGUUUUUGGUUGGGCUGAAUUGUCAAAGGCGAAUUGUCCUCGCCCAACCGGUGUAGACUGACAGUCAGGCCAAAGCGUUCAUUGUUUGGCCUUCAUUGACAUUUUGGUGGACAUGUUUUUUGCAGUAUUUCCAAUACAACAUGAGUACGCAUUUCUGCACUGAUAGACAAAGGCCUCAAUGGGAGUACACUGGUCUGUUUUUUAUUUGUAUUUUUUUGUCUUCAUAUGACUCAUAUUCAGGCUUUUUCUGCUGUGUCCACACAAUAUGAGGGCUUUUAAAAACAAGCUAAACCAGUCCUUCUGCAUCGGGGACGCAGUGUCUUAUAACAACCAUGGAAAUCCUCACGUCAGUGGUACAGACGUGGUAGUCCUUGUUUAAACAAAACAAAAAAAAAAAAGCACUUCGUAAUCUGUUCGCAGAUCAUUUCACAAUGGGAAAAUAUGAAGGGAAGGGGAGGGGGGGUUAACUCCUUUGGUAGCAAGUGAACAUGUCACACUGUGAUUUUUUUUUUUUUCCACGCGGCGACUGUCCUUGACUAGAAUUAAAAUGAGACGCACAAGUUCUGUUGUUUUCCGUUAUCCUGCUGCGUUCGGCCUGUUGUGAAUGUAAGAAGAGCGCAACACGUGUCGCGUUGAAAAGCGUUUACAGUCUAGUGGCGUGCAUUUCCAUGUUAUUCCUUUCUGUCUCGAGCUGUCCUGUGUUGAUGUGUUCUUGUCGUAUGGUGCAAAUUGGCAAUUUCUUGCUCUUCGGUCUCUCACCAAUGCAGGGUGGUAAAUUGGCUCUACUCCCCCUGCUUUAUUUUAUGUCUGCAAAUGUCACACCUGCGUGGAUACAAAAUGUUUUUGCUAUUGCGCGGCAACUGAGAACGAAGGUGUGGAAUUCAUUCUGUUGCAUGUUGAUCUGGAAUGUCAUUAAAACAAAGGAGAUGAUUAGAA